AUGCCUUACGCAAUACAAAGUAAAGAUGAUUUCAAUAAGCAAUUAGAAGAAGCUGGAGACCAGCUCGUUGUUGUUGAUUUUUGGGCCGAUUGGUGUGGCCCAUGCAGGAUGAUGGCUCCCGAAUUCGAAAAACUUUCAAAACAAUUUGAAAAUGUCAAAUUCGUUAAAGUUGACACUGAUAAGCAACAAGAUGUUUCUACGGACCAAUCCAUCACAGCUCUUCCUACUUUUCGAUUUUUCAAGAAUGGAGAAAAAUUCGGUGAAGAUGUCGUCGGUGCAAACAAACAAAAAUUGGAAGAAAAAAUCAGGGAAUAUA